AUGCUGCUGACGCGACCACUGCCACCGCAGUUCUUGUUGCCGGCGUGGAGCAGCUCAUUGCUAGCUAUCGCGAAUGAACAACAGCAACGAGCGCACACAUUUUCACUGAAGAGUCGGGGCAGGAGGACAUUAUGGGGGAGAGCUUCAAAGGAACAGAAACCAGAAAUUCGUGGGCCACCGAGAGCCUUCUCGCGGUCAAAACAGAAGGCUGCGCAAUGGAAUGUAAUUCCAAAACGGCAAGAGGGCCUUUCGCGGUCCUCCCCGCCGGAGUCGACAUGGUCACCACAAUCGACUCCUCGAAUUCGAGAAACAAGACUGGAAGUACCCCAGGAUGCGCAUCCACCUAAUAGUAUCCCUUCGAAUUCUCAGAUUGCCUCUGCGCAAGCAAAUCUCCAACCUGAAGGGUUGUUUGUUGAACAGAGCCUUGAACCCACCGUAAGCUCGACAUCAUCAGGCGAGGCGAAAUUGCUUGAAGGGCUGGAAGGUAGGGAAGAAGGAGAGAAAAACCGGCAGGACUCAGAAAGUAACGUCGGACCAAGGCCUCACGAUGAUAGAGCAACUGGACCGCAUGCCACCACACGAGAACCUAAGACAGACAAGCUUCCAACACCGUUGGAGACUUUACCACCAGAGUUCGAAAACUUGUUUUCACCGCAAAGGGAAUCAGCGUACCCAUGGCGUCCACAUAGGCUUGAACAGUCUCAUAGUACUGCAUCAGAAGUACAGACGACCACGACCUCAGUAACAUCAGACCCCUCUCAGACGCCGCUAUUUAGAAGAGCCACCGGAUAUAUAAGACCUCCAUCUUCUCAAACGUUGGAAAGAAAGCGAUGGUCCUUGUUUGAAGAGCUAUUUCCUGGGGAUGCAAAAGAUGUGAAAAGAAAGGAAGGCGGGAAGAGCUCGAAAAAACUGCCAUCCUUUGCUUGGCAAAUGGAACGGCAGAAGGAGAAGGAACGUCAAAAAGCUCUGAGACCACGUACGAUGAGGUCGAUACCUUUGUCCCAGAACGAGGGUCCCGCAGUGGUCGAGUCAAUUGCGGAUAUUCGUAAACAGAGACGUGAAGCUAGUGUUCUGGUCUUGAACGGUGCGCUUAGCUCCUUAGCAGAGAGUGAUUUCUUCCGCGUAGGACCCAAAGGCGAUCAUAUCCAAAGAUGGACUCACGGGAUUAUAAAAGUCAUACCCGGUAGACACACCCAGACCCUUCAAUCACAAGACCAUUAUUUCAUCCUCUUUACCGACAGCGCAAGCGCAAGAGCAUAUAUGGACAGCAUCUACAGACUAUAUAAACUGUCUAGGGCAGCCCUUAGAGGAGCCACAGGAAUCUCUGCUUUCGAAGUCCGCCCUGACUUCUUAAAACACGGAGAAGAUGUCCAGUCACUCGUUCGAGGUUUUACCUUGGUACCCGCUCACAGCGAGCUUUAUCUACGAUUGAUUGAUAAACCAUACAGACCAGCCAUGUCACGCCUGCUAGAAGAUGGUGGUCCGACAGCCGAGGUGACUAGAAGGAGUCAGGCAGAGGACAAGGUGCUAUUAUACCCGGAUUUUGGAAAUAUCGCCAUGUAUGAGCUUAGAAAAGCACUUCUAGAAGACGGCAGAAGGAGAAACCUACAUUGGGGAUUGGCGGACGGAGAUGAUGCAGUUUUAAGUCUGAGACAGGCUACCACCCAAGUGCAAGGAGAAAACAUCGAAUCAGCUAUCACCGGUAGAGGGUUUCGAAGACCAGAGAGAUAUGUGAUAUCAUUCAAGAACAGGUUGGAGGCCCGAAGAUUCGCGCGAGAAUGGCAUCGUCGUCCAUUUCCGUUAUCGGAUAGAAGAUCACAGGCGGAGGAACCGCCAACAAUAAACGCAGAAAUAUUGUGGUAA